AAAAAUGAUUGGAGUUGCAUCAGAAACGCGUACGUAAUGCAGCCUAUAAAGCGGUACAAACAACUGGUAAUUCCACUAUAAGCUUGGAUCUUUUCCUGGCUUUUCUGACAAGUGGUUAUACCCGGUGGUUAGAUUGCCUUAGUUUGGAAAAAUGAUCAUUGACGCCUUAGGGACCUUAAACGACUUUUGCAGCCUCAAAUUCUUACUCCUGUCGACAUUUUUGCUACCAGUCUUCUGGCUCGUGUUCAAGUUUGUAGAAGAACGAUUGUCUCCUUUACAAAAGAUACCUAGUCCACCAGGUGCCUUGCCUUUGAUUGGCCAUGUUUUCGAAGUUCUGCGGCGUGACAAUUUCCUUCAAGCGCUGCGAUCGUGGACUAACCAGUAUGCUCCCAUGUUUGUUAUUCACCCCGGAUUGGGAAUAGGGAUUGGUGAGCCAGAAGUAGAAAUAAUAUUACAAACACUAAUAAUGAAUGACAACUUUAAUACUCGUGUUAAAAAGGCCUUUUAAGCUUGUAUGUUAAUGUUUACCCAGUUCGACAUUUUCAAGGGAGUUUGCCUUUUGACUUUUCAUAAAAUUAGGGACUGGUCAUUAUUUAUCGGGGGGGGGGCUGGUGCAAAUAGAGGGUGGGCCACCAUUGUUUAUACAUGGCUUAAAGGGGGGGCCUUUAAAAAAUAUGCAAACGUUUUGCCAGCAAAAAUGUUAAAAGCUGCAUCUGGAUGCCAUCAACAAAUACAGCCUAUUAAAAUAGCUUUAUACAACACCUUUUAUUAACACUUACAAAUCAGCAUCUUACAGCAUUGAUCUUAUUUCUACUGUAAACAUAACCAGCACCAUCAUCAUCAUUGUUGUUGUCCUCCGCAUUUAAUAAUCAUCAUCAUUGUCAUCAUCACCAUUACCAUUGUUGUCAUCAUCACCGUUGUCAUCAUUGUCUGCAUCAUCAUCAAUAUCAUUGUUGUCUUUAUCAUCAUCAUCAUCAUUAUCAUCAUCAUCAUCAUCAUCAUCAUCAUCAUCAUUAUUACUGUCAUCAUCAUGGGCAUUAUCUGGUUCUAGGUUUGUGUUUUCGUUUCUUGGAAAAUUGUCUACAUAUUCACUAAUCAAGUUUACAGCUUCAGUAGAUAGUUGUCUUUCUUCAUACAUAAGUUGUAGAUAUUUUACUUGACACAAUGAUAAUGUAGAUAGAACUUCCAAUUUUAGGUUUUAGAUUUGAAUUACUUCAGAUGCAGAAGCAUUCGAAAAUAAACUCUCGCACUUUCUGUGUGUUGGCAGCUUUCCUCGAAACUUUCCUUCUUUUGGCUUUCCUUUAGUUCUCUUUCUGAGAACGCUUUUUGGUUUUUGCAUUCACAUGGGGGGCAUAUUGGAACAUAUUAGUUUUGAUGUCUUCUCUAACUUUUCCUUAAGGCUUUCUUCUAUUUCUAUCACCCUUUCUUUAACUUUUAUAAGUUUGCCAAUAAGUUUUUCAUCAAAUGUUUUUGGGGGGUUGUGCCCUGGAAGCAGUUUCCCUGCUUUGGAGAAAUGAGUACAAAGAAGAGGAAGAGGAGUCGACUGAAGAAGAAAAAGUGAUUGAGAGUACCGAGAACUUUAAUGUCAAUACGACAAUUGUCUACACACAGUCUGGGAGAAGAGCAACUCAAAUCCAAUUUAAGGUGACUUUAAAUAGAAUGUCUAUCAGUUGGACAUGGUGACUUGAUAAAUACAUACUUUUUGUUUCAUGAAUGUCGGAGGUCAAGGGGAGAUGGGGGGGUCAGCAAAAAUUAUGUUAAAGUAAAAGGGGGGGGUCAGCAAAAAUCAAGCAUGGCAUAUUUUACAUUCCGCCAGCCCCCCCCCCCCCCCGGAUAAAUAAUGACCAGUCCCUUAUUCACAUGGACAGGCUCCCCCGGUCCAUGGACCACCCCUGCGGACCUACAAUCCUGGACAAAAGUCCUUGGGACAGUGCUGCAAUAUUCAUAUAUUUCUGUUAUUUCUCGGUUCCCUCUUAAAACAAUGCAUCCUUUUCAAAAUUUUCUUGCAGUUCUCCCUCCCCCCACCCUAUACAAAGUUGAAACUCUGAAAACAUUCUAGAUACACGCAUCCAACAUUGUUUGUGGGGUGAGGGGAGGGGCUGGGCCUGUGUGAAUUGGAAAAUGCCCCAGAAAUGCAAAAGUGUUCCAACACUUUUGUCCAUGAUUGUAGUCCAUGGAUCCCUUUGUGGACCUGGGCAUGAACUACCUCUAUGGACCACCCUUAUUUUUGAAGAUGAAUUUUGCUAGAGGUCUUUAAAACGAAUCUUAAGAACCUUGAAUAGUCAAGAAACUUUGUCAAUAAAUUAUAGGUAUUACCACAGGAUUAUGGACUCCCCAUAUUAUACACUUGUUCAUUGUUCAUAAAAUUAGUUUGGUUUAGUCUGGUGAAGGAGCAACAAUAUUUGACGGGAACAUGAGGAGAGGCAGGGAGGAAGUAGUCUUCCCACACAGCUUUUUUUGUGUCAGUGAUCAUGUUACAUGAUGACACAAUACGGCUGCGUUGGAGACUAGGGAGGAAAUACAUGUCUAAUAAUGUCUAAUACAGUCUUUAUUUGUACUCACUCUUGCUAACAAUGAAAGUAUUAAAAGUAGAAUUAGAGUACACUCCCCAAGCUUUCCUUACCUUGAUAGCCCUUGGAAAUGUUUAUUGAUCAGCAAACUUAUUGAAUCCUGCUUUUUGUGUGGAUCAAGCACAAAAUGGCCAGCAUAUUUUCAAACAAUGUGGUGGUUGGUCAGACGUCUGACAAGCUUUGCAGACAUAACAGUUACAGCUAUUUCGAGAAAGUUUGUCGGAAAAAUGUGCACACAACAAUCCAGAAAGGUAGUAUGGGAUAUGAUCAAUACACUGUUUCUGACGACCGUAACUGUCGAACCUACUUUUGUUGCUUUCCUUUAGCACUCGCAAACACAUUUCCACGGCCUUUCGUACUAAUUCUUUCAAAUUUCUUUAAAGAACAGUGAACUUAAAACCACCUACAAUGCCUUUCAGGAUUGUCGCAUGCACCUUUUCCGACAACCUUUCUCAAAAUAACUGUAAAUGCAGGUAAUUUUUUGCUUGAUGCAUAAGCAGGAUUCUAAAGGUGUGCAGAUGAAUAAACGUUUCCAUGGGCUAUCAAAGGAAGCGAAGACUUGGGAGGGUACACAAAAGCAACAACGCAAAAACUCGUUGACGUAGGAGACUGCUUCCGUCAUACCCCUCCUCCCAUCCUCUUCAAAGAAUGUUACUACUUCACCAGACUUAACUUGUCAAUCCAUGUAUGGAAUUUAAAAAAAUUUGAACAGUAUAUAAUAUGAGGAGCCCAUAACCCAAUGAUAAUGUAAACUGAUGGAAGUUAAUUUGUUCAUUUAAGGUUCCUAAACACUUAUUUAGACCUCUGGUAAAAUUUAUCUUCAUAAAAUAAAGGGUGGUCCACAGGGGGUAGUGGGGUGUUGUUGCAAUUAAACUGCAUGCAGGAUGCAUGCCCAUUGUGAGCCUUGUCUCAUUAACUUGUCUCCCAUUAUUUUCUUCCAUAACUCUGGCCCCAGUUGUUCAAAAACGGGAUAAUGUUAUCUGCUGGAUAAAUCUCUAUCCAUUGGAUAUUGCAAUAAGGUUUCCCUCACACUGUUCCUAUCUACUAGAUAGUGAUACAUCUGGCCCCAGUUGUCCCAAAGCUGGAUAACACUAUGCACUGGAUAAAUCUCUAUCCACUAAAAAACGCAAUUGGUUUCCUAAAUACUUAUCUACUGGAUAGUGAUUUAUCCGGUGGAUAGCACUAUCCAGCAUUUGAACAACAGAAGCCUGUUCAACCGUAGGAAGGUUAGGGAUUCAGAUCCCAGCUGGCACCACUCUUCUGAGGUGACAGGUACAGGUGAGGGGGGAAGGCUAUGGGCAUAAAAUAAAUGACGAAAAAAAAGCAAAAGAGUAAAAUAAUGAAACCUCAAUGCUUAUACUGUCUUCAAAUUUAUGAGAGCAAAAAUUGUGCUCAGGGUAACCCUAAGGACCUUCAUGUUUCACUCCGUUAAUAGUGUUACUCAAAUUCCUAUCAGUGACUGUCAGUCAAGUAACUAACUUGACUCCUGCUUGCACCCAUAAGGUGCUCUUAGGGGGGAUACAUACUUCCCUAGUGUGAAUUUCAAAUUCAGACUUUUCGUGUUUUGAGAAGUAUAGCCAUGUCUCUGUUGGGUUUUAACCCAUCUUUAUGUUGUUUGUCACCAUUUCAUCUUGUGUCGGUGUUUUAAGGCCAAUUGUCACUUGUAAGAGUUUUUUCUUAACAGGGCCUUACGCAUGCAAAAAACAGAGGAGAAGAAGGAACAAUUUUAAAAUGAAAUAGAGAGGGGACUGGGAAGGAAGGGCCGGUAUUUCCUGCUUCUUUUCCAUAUCACUCUCACCCCCACCCCACUCCCCCGGCCACCCUUCCCUUUUUGUUAUGUACUAUUUAAAGUUAUGCGUGUCCUUUGCUCCAUGGAUUGUAGUGACCUGGCUCCAUGCCUUUGGUACCAGUGCACUCUGUUAUGUUUAAGGGUGUUUGACAUACUUUAUACAUCGUUUCUUUAUCAUGAUAGUUUAAAGAACAAAAAUGUAUAGUAAUGAUUUUUUUUGUUGUUUUCUAAUAUUACAGUACCUGUGUUAUUCUGUAAAAACCACCAUGAUUUUGCUUUUUCUUUUUUUGCUAUUUUUGUGUGUUGUUUAGGUGGCUAUCGAGUCAUGAUUGUUGAUCCAGAGAUUAUCAGAUCUGUAGCUGUUACAAACUGUCAAAAGUUUGCCCGUUCUGACUUUGUAACUAAGGUCAUUCCUAGUAUAGAAAAAGCGUUGUUUGCAGUUAAUGGAAGAGUACAUGCACGUCAAAGAAGAAUGAUUGGCCCUGCGUUUAACUCUUCAAAUUUGAGAGGAUUUCUGGAUGUUUUCAAGGAAAAUGCAGAGAAGCUUCUACAGGUAAUCAAGCAAUUAUAUAUAUAUAUAAAAAAACAAGUUUUAGCAAAGAUAACCUUGUUUAUUGGGGGCAACAAGAGGAGCCUGUAAUCCUAAUCUCCAUCUGCUAUUAUGCAUGCUUGGUAUGUAAGUAGCUAUCGUUCAUGUGGAUUCACUAAAAAUGAAUGGAAUGCAUAGAACGAAGUCUGAUUACACACAUUUGUGCCGUCCAGUGAUCACUCGUAAUCUGAUCGUGUGCACUGGACCUUCUAUCGAUUCACAUGGAAACCUAUGCAAAAGGCACACCAACAAUGGAGCAAGAGUGUUUUGACCUUCAGUCAGAAGCCUGAAAUUUUCCCGUACCUGCUAACCUUUGGAAUAUUACCAGUUUUAUAAAUUGUCUGGAGUGAGUAGUUUUUUUCUUUUUACUGGUAUUAGCAUUAGUCUGUGAAUUGUGAAAUUAUUUUGUUUUAUUAUUUUUUGGUUUUCCUUCUCCUUUCUUUACCCUUUUGAGUAUUGUUAAUGUGUAUAGUUAAUGUAGUAGAGUUAACGUGUUUAAAUUCCUUGUAAGAAUUUGCGAUAAACAUCAAUAAAAUACAAAAAAAGUUUUAUUAUUUUUAGAUGCUUGGAAUUGGGGGAGAGCAGUAAAAUAAAAUAUUGUCGUAGUUAAUUCUGUUAAUUCCUUUAACUUAAUUAGAGUUGAUUAAAAACAAGUUAUGGAUCUCAAGUCUUCAAUUUGAGAAAAUUUAUGUUUUUUACUGUGAUACUCAGCUUUGGUCUGGCCAGUUAAAAGAUUUGAAAUCACCAGAGGGAUUCAUGGAAACAGAAGUUAUUAAAGAGCUAAGCCAUCUUACUCUUGAUGUGAUUGGAGAAAGUGCUUUCAGCUACAAAUUCAACUCUGUACUUGGAGGGGACAGCAAGAUUUCUGAAGCUUUCAACACUGUAAUUCAAGGAUUUGAAUUCAAGUAUUUGGUCCUGAAGUUGAUGAUUCCAUUCUUUGAUUACCUGCCCUUAAAAGAAAACAGGAGAAUUCAGUCAGCGAGGGAAAUCUCUGAUAACAUUGUAAUGGAGGUACAUAGUCUAGUUAAACGGAUUACUAAUAAUGAUAUGUGGAUUGAAUUAAUGAAAGGGGCGCCAUUUCCGUCGUUGUCUCAGUUCAAAGUGAGAAACCAUUAAUAUGAAUAUGAUUUUUUAUUUUCAUGCAAAUAAAGCUCCUUUUCAACAAAGGUUUUGCACUUAGCCUCAAUUUGAAAGUGAGAUUUUGUAACUUGGAAAUGGCCUGUUAACUUCUAUUCGGUAUCAGUCCAAGUGUGCAGAAAUAAGCCUUAAUUCACUCAUGAUAAAUUGCUAUAUUCUCCUUCAAACUGCUUUGUACUUGCUUUUGAAAAAAAAACCGCAGGAGAAUUUGAAAUUUUCCUAGCUACGCUCGUGAAUGGUCAUGAAUGGACCAUCAACAGGUCAACUAUUGCAGUUGUUUCGCAAGAGAGAAGCCUCAACCUCGUUCCAAUGGACUCUUCCGGACUCUCUUCUUUCCAGGAAGAAGUUAGCCCAUAGGAACAAAAUCCGUUGGCCUGUUUACUUCUCGAUACUUCAGUGAUUUUUAGAUUCUCUGCCCCAACGACGCAGCACUGUUAGUGUUUUACAAACUAAUCCCUGAACUCCAAUUAAACAGGUUAUCCUAGACCGGCGCAAACAGAAAAGAGAAGGAAAUUAUGCACCAUUAAAGAAAGAUCUUCUUGACUUGUUAAUGGACAUGCAUGAUGAAGAAACUGACUCAAAAAUGGACGAUGAAGAAUUAAGGGCCCAGGUAUAUAUACAUGGAAGUAUAAUGACUUUACGAAUAGGUGAUAAUGUGGAAUAAAAAACUCUAAUAACGCUAUAAGCAAUGGGUAUUUUUCUGAAUCUCCAACGAACAAGUAGUGACUGGGUUCUAGGUCAAAAAAUUUCAGAGUACUUUUAUAAUAACCUUUUCAUAUCUCCAGGAUUAUUGUUAUUACUUUUUUGUAAAUCGGAAAGCGCUUCUAGAGCUUUUGAAAGAAAGAAGACCUUUUUCUUAUUUUUUGGUUUCGUUUUGUUUUGUUGGCAAAUUCUAUUAGGUCAUGGAGGGAUAUCAUGCAGUAGCUUUGAAAGAAACUUAACUGUGGUACCGAGUUGCUUCGGUAAGGGGGUGAAACAUAAAGAUUUGGUUUUUUAAGUUGAUAAAGUCAUUUUUUGCCACCGUAAAAAAAAAAAAAGAAAACCUGGUGUUUCGAGCAAUAGGCCUUUGUCAGAGCGAUUUUAGGGCCUUUUAUUUCAGCCUUUUGUCUAAUUACUUAGCUUGAUGAUUUAUUUUGGCAGGUUUUCACUUUUCUUUUAGCGGGAAAUGACACAACUAGCGUGGCCAUGGCUUGGACACUGUAUGAACUUGCCAAAAACCCACACAUUCAAGAACGGCUAAGAUCAGAGGUUAAGGCAGUAUUCCUAGAUGAUGACAAAAUUACAUGGGAAAAACUCGAGAAGUUACAGUUCUUGGAAAAUGUUCUGAAAGAGUCUCUGCGCUUACACUCACCUGCUCCUGUCACAAAUCGCGUCUCCAUAUCAGAUGUUGAAAUAGCAGGGUAUUUUAUACCCAAAGGAACACAAAUUCUAUUUCCCAUUGAUGCGAUUGGGCGUUCAUCUCAAUUCUGGUCAGACCCGGACAUAUUUGAUCCAGGACGAUUUGAACAAGGAGGUGAGUAAUAGUUUGAUUUGAAACGUUCAGCAUGGAACCACAAGUUUCCAUUCGGCGGAGCUGGAAGAUGUUCAGUGUAUGAUUUUUUUUACCAACAGAAGCUUUCAUUCUAAAAUAAUUUCACUAAAGCUUUGCUGCGCUUUAAGGGUAGAAUCGCAUUCAGCGUAAAGCACACAUUCAUUGUCAUGAUCAUAGCAAAAUUUAAAGGAAAAUAAAGCGAGAUGUAAAGAAUCAACCAUAUGAGGACACAGAAAAAAUCUGAGCCCCAGAUGGGAUUCGAACCCACGACCCUUUAUUUUCCUUUAUUUUCCUUUAUAUAUUAAUAUCAGUGGCAUAGGUUGGUUGGUUGGAGGCUCCUUAGUGAGACAUUUCUUACUAUUAAUGUGACUGUGUGAUACAGUUAAGCCUUAUGUGUUGCCUGUGAUGGACUGUGUGACUGCGAGAUGCGGUACGCAAGUCCAACCCACAAAAAUGACCCUUGCUCGCCAACGAGUCCUCAGUAGCUCAGAGGUUAGAGCAUCCCGUCUAGAACACGGAGGUUCGUGGGUUCGUAUCCCAUCUGCGGCUCAGAUUUUUUCUAUGUCCUCUUAUGGUUGAUUUUUUGCAUCUCCCUUUAUUUUCCUUUAUAUAUUAAUAUCAGUGGCAUAGGUCAUAGCAAAAUUGAUCAUGAUAGCCGGUCCAGCUUUAUUCAGUCAGAAGUAACGUUUUACAGUAACUAUAUCCCCCAUUCUCUACACCCCGUUACUGAAUUCUUUGUACUGUGAUGGCUUAUGAUAGUACUGAAGAGUGCUUUUGGAGUGAAUGCUACGUGUCAGUGCAUUUACUCUCCAGGUUUGUUCAUUAUGUAGUGUAAGUAAAGUAGCUUGUUUCCUACCCUUACUAGCUUCGCUUUUCAAGAGGGGCUAUGUCACGAGGAUAUUACUGUUUUAGGUCAAUUCUGUUCUGAAGUCAUAACUUAGUGCCUUUACCCAUACACAACAUUAAACACAACAUACUCCUGCAGCCUAGUCCCUAGGCGUUCUCGGCGCGGUCAAUCCUGGACUCUACCGUGAGCUGUGACGUCACCGAGAGUCUUUCCCAGACUUCGCGCGGACAACGGGUCAAGAGAGAACUCCUAGGGACUAGGCUGAUACUCCUGUAGAAUUAUGAAGAAGAUAUCAAGCAAAUUUCAUCAGAAAGCACUAGUCAUAAUGGUGAUUUUUUGCAGGCAUAGUAUAGACCUUGUCACGGUUUUCGACGCCAUCUUGACGAGUAGGCAAAAGCGUUAGAAAUUACACUGUUUGUAUGAGAAUCUAAUGUCGAAUAAUUUCCGUAAAACGGCUGUUCUGAACAAACUAUCAAUCGUAAACUAAAGCUGCAAAGCAAAGGAUUGUCCUAAAAAAAUUUGGGAGCGUACCUGUGCUUAGAUUUUUCCAGAGGCUUUCUUUAGAUUUUCCAUACAUUUGUCUGUAAUUUGCCUGGGACUUUCUUACAGACAAAUGUAUAAACAAUUUUAAAAAGUGGUUCUAGAUCUUGUAGUACAUGUAACGCCCUCAAAUUUUUCAGGAGAAUCCUUAGGAGUGAAGCUUUAGUUUACAAAUCAUAUUUUUUUCAGAUCAGCCGUUCUACGGAAAUUAUUCGACAUUAGAUUCUCAUACAAUCACUGUAAUUUCUCACGCGUUUGCCUACUCGUCAAGAUGGCAUCGAAAACCGUGACAAGGUCUAUUAGAAGUUGACCCAACUGUUUCAAGUUUCAAUCUAUGUGAUGUGGUCAAGAUGGACGGCCGCGUGUUUAAGUGCUCCGCGUAACAUUUCGUAAAUUUCUGAUGUUUAAGUGUUCCUUCUGCUUUUUUCUAUUUGUUUUGUUAUCUUGUUUCGUGUGUCACAUUAUGCCUGAGUCUAUUGCCAACCUAAAGAGAGAAAAUAACGAUCUCAAAUCUAAAGUUUCAACGUUAACGGAGGAGAUUUCAAGACUAAAAGAUUUAUUUCAACAACAAAGCAGCAGUGCCGCCCCUUCUGCUAAAGAAAAAUCUCACAGCCUUGAAUUCCUAAGCAAGGAAUAUGAUGACUUUCUUCUCUUCAAAGCCACUGCCAACAAAGAGCUGCAACGACUAAGUUCACAACUCUCACAGGUCAAGGCCAGGGUGGACGCCAUUGCAAACGCCAUCGAUGAAUUCCAAGAAUAUAGCUUUCAAUACAAUGUUAAAAUUGUCGGUGUUCCCGAGGUGUGUUCUGACGAAGCGGCUUCAACAACAAGUAAGCUUUGUGUAAAAUUGUUUAAAGAAAUGGGAGAAAAUAUAUCAAUCCAAGAUAUUGACACUGCCCAUCGUGUCCCGCAAAGAAACAACGCCGGAAAUCCAAAGCCUAUAGUCUGCAGAUUCGUGAGACGGCUGGUUAAGGAAUCUCUAAUGUCUCAUCGGAAAGAAAUUAGCAAUGUAACCCCAGCUGCGGUUGGUCUACCAGAAGGGUCUUCAUUGUCUUCGGCCAGAAUUUACGAUCAUCUUUCACCAAGAAUGCAAGCAGUCCUAUUCCAGGCUAAAAAAGUUAAAGAAGAGCUCCACUAUCAAUAUUGCUGGUCAAAGGGCCCCGUUAUUUGUUUACGAAAAGACUCCACAUCGCGGAUAAUCAAGCUCAAGAGCAUGGCGGACCUCGACGAACUUAAACGUAAAUUGGCCAUUGAAGGUUAGAUUUUACUAAAAAUGUCUAUUGUACACGAUAAAAAAUUACUUCUCACAAAACAAAGAAACAGUGCGCGAUCGAGAAUAAGACCUUACUCGCGCAAUUACCAUAUUAUAACUGUAAAGUCCUGACUUCUGCCCACCCACAGUUUAAUAGUUUAAUUGAUGAUAAUCGACCUUCUAGAAAAUUGCUAGAUUCUCUCAGUAGUCUCUACGACCUUAGUGUAUUCCAGCUAAACUCUCUUGAUAAACAUAUUGAUCCUGAUAUAAAUCUCACCGCAAACAAAAUACGCUCAAAAUAUUAUUCCCCACACAGCUUUGCGCAGUUUGUUGACAGCAAACAGUUGCAAUCAAAAAUCUCCUUUUUACAUACAAAUAUACGUAGCUUAAAGAAAAAUUUUGAAGAAUUUCAACAUCAUGUUUUAAGUGAAAUGAAUUUCCGUUUUACUAUUAUUGGUGUUACAGAAACUCGUAUAUGCGAUCGUGAAUGUAGUUUUAAUUUUGUACCAGAAUUACCAGGAUACUGUUUUGAAUCGGUCCCAACACCUUUAUCUGCCGGUGGUGUUGGCCUGUUCAUUGAUCAAAAUUGUAAAUACCGCGUCCUUGAACGAGUCUCCAAUUCUUGCUAUCAAGCCCUAUGGAUUGAACUUCAUCUGCCUAACAAUAAGAAAUCUGUAUGUGGUGUUACUUAUAGGCAACACAAUAACGCUAAUGAGUUUCUAGAAUACUUGACAGAUUUUCUUGAACGCCAAUGCCGUCAAAAUCAAAAUAUUUAUCUCAUGGGAGACUUCAACAUAGAUCUGUUAAAAUAUGAAACUUGUAGUUACACACAAACCUUGCUCCAAACAAUGCAAAGUUUUUCAAUGUUCCCAGUGGUUGAUAAGCCGACUAGAGUCUAUGGUAAUUCAGCAACUUUAAUUGACAAUAUUUUCAUAAAUAAUCCUGAGAAUAAUAUAGUCAGCGGCAAUAUCGUGUCCGAUACAACAGAUCACUUCUCUCAGAUGUGCAUAUUAUCGUCGCACUGUAAACCAUUCUUUCCAAACAACAAAACUAAGGUUCGUGACUAUUCUACCUUCAAUGCAAAGUCUUUCAUUGACGACUUGCAGAAUAUUAAUUGGAAUAAUAUUUGCAAACAUAUCGAUGCCAAUCAAUCGUUUUCCAGGUUUUACAAAUGCGUCAACAAGACAAUUAACAAACACGCUCCUUUAAGAAGUAUAUCCAAUCGUAAACAAAAAUUCCUUGCUAAACCAUGGCUGACGGCGGGUUUAAGAAAAUCAAUCAGGGUAAAGAAUAACCUCUUCUAUACCUCAGACCGUGACAAAUACAAAUUUUACAGAAAUAAAAUCAUUUAUCUUACGAGAUUAAGUAAAGCGAACUACUACCAAAGUUUCUUUGAUCUCAACAUAUGUAAUAUGCGUCAAACUUGGAAAGGAAGUAACGAGCUAAUUGGAAACUGUAAAAAGAAAAACAAGCGCAACUCAACUAACUCUAUUCGCUCAAACCCGAAUGAGGUUCCAACUAGUGACCCGAAGGAAAUAAGCAAUAUUCUUAACAAAUAUUUCGCCACUGUUGGGAGCAAACUGGCUUUUAAAAUUCCUCAGACCAUAAAUACAUUCUAUGAUUAUUUAGAUCCGCCACUUAAUCGCACUUUCUUCUUUGAUCCUAUUAUUCCGGAAGAUAUCAAUUUAGAAAUUUCAGUUUUGCAAGACAACAAGGCCCAUGGUCUCUACUCAUCUCCAGUUAGGCUGCUGAAAUUAGCAAAAGGGUCAUAUCCGUACCUCUAGCCACGAUUUUUAAUCAGUCUAUUUGCUCAGGGAUUUUUCCAUCUAAACUAAAGUGUGCUAAGAUUAUCCCGAUAUUUAAGGACGAAGAUGACACGCUGCCCGAAAACUACCGACCUAUUUCUCUGCUCUCGAUUUAUAACAGGAUUUUUGAAAAACUUAUGUACUCCAGAGUUACCAAGUUUGUCAAAGAUUGCAACAUUCUCUAUGAUCAGCAAUACGGUUUUCGCAGUAAGCACAGUACUCAGCAUGCUGUACUUGAUAUUGUUAACACAAUUCUCCAAAACAUGGACAACGGUAAAUUUUCGUGCGGUGUUUUCAUCGAUCUCAAAAAGGCUUUUGAUACUGUUAACCAUGAAAUUUUGUUAGCUAAACUUGAAAAUUAUGGUAUUAGAGGUGUAAUAAACUCCUGGUUCAGAUCAUACCUGACUGAUCGGAAGCAAACUACGGAAGUUAAUAAUGUUGUGUCUGAGGCUGAAACGACCUUGUGCGGCGUGCCACAAGGCUCAGUCCUCGGACCACUCUUAUUCCUACUGUACAUCAAUGAUAUUUACAAGUCCUCUUCGUUAUUUGCCUUUUAUCUAUUUGCUGACGAUACUAGUAUAAUACUUGCAAAUAACAACCUAAAGGAACUCGAAACACUUGUUAAUCGCGAGCUUGGCAACGUCAACGAAAGGCUAAAGGCCAACAAACUGUCCUUGAACAUAAAAAAAUCAAAUUUUGUAAUCUUUCGUCCCCGGCAAAAGAAUAUGCCCUUCAUACCUAGGAUUAGAAUUUUUGACUCCGUGACUAACACCUACGCAAACCUUGAAAUGAAAGAUUAUGUAAAAUACCUUGGCUUAAUGAUUGAUUCAAAUCUUUCAUGGAAAUACCACAUCGAAUCUGUCUGUCACAAAAUCAGCAAGUCGAUAGGAAUUAUAGCUAAAAUUCGACAUUAUGUCCCGCGUCGUGUUUUACUUUCAGUUUACAACUCAUUAAUUGUCCCUUACUUGACUUAUGGUAUUUGUGGUUGGGGAAAUUGUGCCUUGACAUUUCAACGAAAGAUCGUAACUCUACAAAAACGGGCCUUACGUCUCAUUUACUUCAGUAAGUCUAAGGAACACGCCGUACCUUUCUUUCUCAAAUCAAAUUGCCUUCCCCUGCCUAGCAUAUUUUUCAGAGAUUGUAGCUAUUUAUUGUAUGAUAUCAACAGACAGACAGCACCAGUUAGUAUUCUCAAUCAGUUCGUUAAAACAAGUCAGAUUCAUAACUACAGAACAAGAUCUGUCUCUAGCGACUCGUUUUAUGUUAAGUUCUCUAGAACCGAUAAAAUGUAUGCCUUUUUCACGAGAAUCGGUGCCCAAAUUUGGAACUCUAUUCCGUAUUCGAUUAAAAUACUUAAACGUUCGUCCUUUCGUAAAAAAAUAAAGGAAUUAUUACUAAAUUUUUUGCGGUCAGAAGAUGAUUAUGUCGAAGUCUCCCGUCUUAUUAAGUUAUUUAAUACUUUAGUUAACCUCUCUUCGUAAUCGUUAUGUACAUGCCUUGUUUUUUGUUUUUUGUUUUAUGUUAGUUUAAACUCUAUUUACUGUAUUGUAGUGUCUUCACUGUUAUUUAGUCCAUCUAUAUAUAAUUCUUGUUUUGUAAUAUGUCUUCAGCUCCCCCCGCCUCGAUUAGUUCAUAAGCUAUUUGCGGGUGGGAAAGUAAUGUAAUUAGUUAUUUUCCAAUUUUCAAUAAAAUUUGUUGUUGUUUGUUGUUGUUAUCUAUGUCCAUCCUUACCAUCUGUUGCGACAGGCGACAGGAAACAGUUUCAAUGCCUUAAUUAUAGUGGUAUUUAACAAAACUGGAACAUUAGUUUUGGAAUUUAAUUGAUGAGAAAAAGGUUUAAGCUUUUUAAAAAUAUACCAAAUUGCGUGACGUAACCCCGUUCAACUCCCGGCACCAUACGAGAGCGACCAUAAGACUUUUAUAUGAUACUUGUAUUUGACUGGAUGAGUUUGUUAUAAAGAAAUUAAAGAAGGUUUUCGAAUAAACUAUGGCCCGGUGUCACCAGGGGAAUGAAAGUAUUAAGUUUUAUCACAGUGAGUGGAUAAUAGGGAGUAAGGGAUGGCGCAGUGGUGAGAGCACUCGCCUCCCACCAAUGUGGCUCAGAUUCAGUCCCGGUGUCGCCGCCAUAUGUGGUUUGAGUUUGUUGUUGGUUCUCUCCUCUAGUCCGAGAGCUUUCCCCCCGGGUACUCUGGUUUUUCCUCUCACCUUAAAAGCAAACACUUUUAUAUACCAGUUCGAUCUGGGACGUGCAGACACGUUUAAAACGAGUUCUUGAUGUGCUGCAAAACGUUUUUGGAGAGAAGUAUCUUCCAGCUCUAGCUACAGCAUAAAAAUGGUUCAUCUUCUCUUUUGCUUAAACUCCCUAAUAUCGCGAUACCACCCAUUUACGUCUAUAAGGAAACUCUGUUGUUUUAAUUUUGUCUAUUUUCCACGUCAGGUGUCCAAUCUAGUAUCCAGACUUUCUCGCUUAUUCCGUUUGGGUGUGGUCCGCGCAUGUGUAUUGGUAACAAGUUUGCUAUGAUGGAGAUGAAAGUGGUUUUAGCAACGUUGGUAAAGAAUUUCUCUUUUAGUGAGGUUCCUGGUUGUGUGGUGAAAGAAGCUGCCUGGGCGACUGUACAUCCAAGUGGUCUGAGGUUGCGAAUCAAAAUGGCCUAGACUCGGUAGUAAUUUCAGUGUGAAGAGAGCCACAAAAUCUGGCCGAACAGUGUACCGAUUUUUAUAUUAUUUAUUGCAUUGACCCCAGGGUCAGUUUUCAAACUCUUCGAACUUUUUUAGUAAACUUUUUUUAAAAAAACGUAAGCAAACUAACAGUGUAUUGGCAAUAACCUUUGAACAGUACAGUCAAGUAGCAACCUUAGUGUGCCGAUUUUUAUAUUAUUUAUUGUAUUGAGCCCCGGGUCAUUUUCCAAACACUUGAACUUUUUUAGUCAACCUUUUGAAACAUUUAGUAAAGAAAUUCUGCGCAGUUGAAAGUUAAAGGUGGCUGCAUAGCUUUAAGAAUCCUCCUUCAAGUUUGAGCCCCGAGUCAUGAAUGCGGUCAAAACUGGAGUGUUCAUAUCACAGGCAUCCCAAGAUCAGUACGACGUAUGAGAGCUUAUAAAAAAAUUUAACAUCAUGUGCUGUCACUGUUGUCUCACAUUGGGCUAUCGUCAAAGUGGCCGUGAACAUGAAGGCCUGGAAUUCAGGUAAUAGAUUCAUGAAGAUAAAUUUAAAUACUCGCUG